AGCUUAGCCCUGCGUAUUUUUUUUAACAACACUUUUAGUGAAAUGUUAACGUUUCUUCAUUAGGUGUAUUGUUAACUUGUUCAACCAAUAUCGCCGUUAUAAAUUUUUUGUGAACCUUAAGGGAGAUUUAAACUGUUAAAUUCCUAAGGAAGCACAUAUUUACACUCAUCCAGUGAAAUGUUGUGCCCAAGAGCUAUAUGAUUAUAUAAGAGUAAUAGUAGGUGGUCUUUCAGCGUUCCCCCUGCCCAUUCUGAAGAGUCAAAGGGACCAAUUUGACAUUCUCCAAAAGGGAGCAUUUUCUCUAGCAGGUGUAUAUAGCUUUUAGGACAGAAGAAUUCAAGAGCUGCCAGGUGGGCCAGAUAUUUCAUGACCUCAUUCCUUUUCUUCUAACUCAGCUGUAUCUUCAGAGUUGUCUACAUACUUCCAAGAACAGGACAAAAUGAACAAGAUUGAACAGAAAUUCCAUGGAUCAGUAUCAUUUAAGGAUGUGACUGUGGGAUUCACGCAGGAGGAGUGGCAGCACCUGGACACUAGCCAGAGGUCCCUAUAUAGAGAUGUGAUGCUGGAGAACUAUAGCCACCUUGUCUCAGUGGGGUAUUGUGUUACCAAACCAGACGUGAUCUUCAGGCUGGAGCAAGGAGAAGAGCCAUGGAUACUGGAGGAUGAAUUCCCAAACCAGAGUUUCUCAGUUAAUUUAGGGGUUAGCAACUUUAAAAUGUUUUUCAAGAAUAUCUCUUCAAAACUCCUGACCCUUGAAAGUGAUUGA